AUGCCUGGUACUUUGAAGCAAGAAGUUGAUAUCUCGUCGCUCCCGACCAUCGACUUUGCGAAUUUCGGGGACGGGACAGGCCCCGAGGCCCGCGCUAUCUCCGAAAAGUUCUUCACUGCCUGUCGCGAUGUCGGGUUCGCAUAUCUGAUCAACACUGGUAUUCCGAAGGAGCAAGUCGAUGGGAUGUUCGACUGGUCCGCGAAGUUCUUCGCCCUUCCACACGACGUGAAGAUGCUCGCACCACACCCACCGGAAGGAUCGAAGCACCGUGGAUACAGUGGCAUCGGGAAGGAGCAGGUCUCACAAAUGGUUUUCGACCCCGAGGCCAUCGCCUCGAUCCGAAAGGGUCCCUCCCCCGACUUCAAAGAAUCCUUCGACAUGGGUAACGACGCCGAUACCUCACGCCUGUCGAACGUGUGGCUGCCGGAGGACAAGUUGCCUGGGUUCAAGGAGUACGCGGUCGGGUUCUUUGAGUGCUGUAGGCAGUUUCAGGUCGAGAAGUUGAUGCCUGCUCUCGCAAUGGGCCUCUCCCUCCCGUCUGACUUCUUCUCCGCCUUCCAUGAGACAGCGGAUAAUCAGCUGCGACUUCUACACUAUCCCGAGGCGGAAAGGCAAGAGUUCGUCAAAGGGGAGAAGGGUCGUAUCGGCGCGCACACCGAUUUCGGUACCUGCACACUCCUCUUCCAAGACUCAGUCGGCGGCCUCGAAGUCGAAUCGCCAUCGAAGCCGGGCGUAUUUCUCCCUGGACCACCGGUCGAGGGCGCUAUCGUGUUCAACAUCGGUGACUUCCUGAUGCGGUGGAGUAACGAUACGCUCAAGUCGACGCUUCAUCGUGUGCGUGCGCCACCACUUAAAGAUGGAGAGGCGGAGAAUGGAAAGACAAAAGAGAGGUUCUCUAUUCCUUAUUUCAUGACCGCCGACCGCGAGAAGACUAUCGAUUGUCUGCCGACGUGCUGGAACGAGACGGACAGGCCGAGGAAAUAUGAGCCGAUCAAUGCUGGGCAGUAUAUCGAUAUGCGGUUGAAUGCGACUUAUUAG